GUUCUCCUGUUGACUUUGUGAGGUGAGCUGGAACCAGAAAGACAAGGAGGAAGAACGUCUGAUUUAAUAGCCGCUGUCGUCGUGCCUGUGGUUGUUGUUGGUUGUGUUGCUGGUGUCCUUCUUGGAUUUUUUCUUUGGAGACGCCGCAAACAGCGACAGAAUCGUGCUGAUAACCAUCAAGCUGCGAAAGUCAACCAGAAACAACAGAGUGCAGAGAUAAGGAGUGUGACACCGGCUGGAACAUUUGUUGCAUCACAAGACAAACCGCCGAUAGACUAUGGCAAGACUAUCCACGUUAUCUCCGGCACCAACGGCAUCCAGUUGGACAUUCCUAGGACUGGACUACCUGUAAACCACCGCCUACACAAUAGUGACAGGCGUUAUCUACCCAAGCUUACCUCACCCUCUAUCAGUGAUAACAAACACGAAAAAUACAACACCCUAGGGAAGGACCUUGCUAUGGGAACGAGAGUUGUCUACAAUAACCCUAAGAAUAACGGAGUUAACUCUGUAAAUUCUAACAAUACUGGGAAGACUUACAGGAGGGUUAACACACCCGGAGGUAAGCCGAGCUGGCCAGGGGAAAGCAACUCUGUUGUGGACAAUGACUACAAGUACAAGUACAACCACAUCAUCCCCGGAGCCAGGGAGGGUGCUGUGAGAUUCAGAAGCGGGGAGCUGAGUGAAGGCUCGUCUAUUGGAGACAGAUUUGACGACUGUGAUGUGUCAAGAGACGAUGAAAACAGUUACAGACGAUUGAUACGUGCCGCCAGUAGAAAGCUCCGCGGUUUUACUGAUCAAAGGGAGAGAACCGCCGAACCGUACAAUCACGUGACAGGUGACGUUCACCGUGAUUAUGACAGAGUCCGUCAGGGAGAUAGCAACAUGGUGAUCGGCUAUGACUAUCACCACUUUGUGUAGCUUGGAUAUACUACCGCCUGUAGCAGUAGAUGUGCUGUACCUGUGACACAUAUUCAUGUCUAGUAAACAAAUGAUUGUUUACUUUUGCUGGCUUUAACUCUGGUGUUCACUCACUGAGGCAUGAGCUUCUGAAUGUGUGUUUACUUUUUUCUUGUUUAUUUUUGGUGAAUCUAGAACUGUUACUAAUGACUAUAUUUCCAUGAUUAUUCUAAGGCACUGUUGCUCAGUAACGUGAAAUUGAAAUAAAUUACAGAUAAAUAGGAAAACAUCCACGCUUAACGACAUAGAGACACUUUUAACGAUGAUUAUGUGUUUAUAGAAGUACAUUUUAAUUACUUAAUUUGUUAUUUUAUUUACGUUGGAUGUUUCCAUUAAAUAUACAUAAUAACAUUUUCAUGCACAGUUCGCCUUAAAUUAUUGAUAAUAUUGUAUUUUACACAUGCAAUAACUCCUGAAAUGUUUACUGCCGUUCUUUCUUCUUUCUUUGAAAUCUUUUUGGCAGAAACUGUAGAUAGAAAAACAAAGGGAACCAGACAGAAGUGUUUUCGAAAUCAUCAGAUGACUUUUUGUUAUGUGCUUCAUUUAUCUACAGUAAAGUUUUCCAAGACAAACACUGUAAUUUAUGUGUGCUACCCCAGAAAGCAACAUACAUUUAAAAAAACAUGAGAAAAAAUUGCUGUGCUAAGCUGGUAACAGUUCUUGUAACCUUCCGUCGACUUGAGUUCGAAACUUGUUUGUCCAGCUGCCUGUACACCGUGCUGUCACUCUGUGUGUGUGUGUUGUAUAGAGUGAAAUACAGCUUGUUAUUCAGCCUCAGCCACGUGACCUCAAGUAGGACUAGGUUCCCACACAAUCACAAGACGAGGGAGUGGGGUGAAAGGGUGAAAGGGGGACACAUGGGGGAUAGCCGUUUAUUUUACCCCAUCCGGGUACCCGGAUAUCGUAGCUGUGGCUGUAAGCAGAUAACGUCCACGACACCCGACUUGCGAAGACUGCGUGACCCAGCGUAGAGUUCAGUCGGCAACUUACUCGGGGCGAUGAUCGAUGACAGAGAAGGAUGUUACCUGAGUUGCGAAACACGGUAGUCACCUGGUGGUGUAUCAUAAAAUAAAUAGGAGCGGAUAUAAAUCACAGUGCCCCAGUUGUGGGAAUAUAGAGAAGCGAGUGUUUACCUUCACCGUCACGCCCUCUAGGACACACUCAACUGGCAACAACAAGGGAAGACUGUGUGUCAUACAAACACCAUGUACCUGGAACACACACCCCUCUCCUCCUCCACUCAGAAGGCGAAGUAGUACAGUAUAGUAUGGCACAAUGACAGCAAACAGUAAAUCAAAGACCAGUCUAGAUAUAAUAAGCAUGUGAGACCGCAGCUAUAGGUCACGAUUUGUAUCGUCGUUCCCAUCCCCAUCCUAACCCCACACCGUGAGUCGAAUAGCACCCGUUUGCUGGUAUGGUGCUUGUAAAAUUAUCUUUUGUUGGUUGGUGGUAAAAUUUCGCUUUCCUGUGAUCUACACAUAUAACUUCGUCAAACUUGCUCAAACAUUCGACUACGGUUAGGAAGCACGCUGGCACUGUGUUGAUGUCCAGACUGUCGUGAGCUGUUUGUUUGCUCGACCCGGUGACAGGAAGAUCUCUUCAUUUUUGAAGAUGCAGAGGUCUUAUCUCUUGGCUGUUUUUAUACAGAUGCUGUUGGAAGGACUCCCGUGUAGCGCCGACAGGGCCUGUGAGUUCAAUGACAGCAAGUUUUUCAUUGGAGAUGACGAUAAAGCUGAGGACGUUUCUGCCGGAGAAUGCUCGUUUGGAGAAAACUUUUGCGGCUAUUCGGUGACAUGUACAGACAAAGAUGCGACAAGCUGGUCCUCAGUAAAAGGCCAGGCUGUGUCCCAAGGGAAAAAUGGAAAGUAUGAAGCCUUCUCAGUCUUGCUUUCACCUUUAUUGAAUAUCGAAGAGGAAAUGUGUCUGGAGUUUAACUACUCCCAGUCCUCACCUGGCAGACUGAGCGUCUUUCUCGCAACAUCCGAGGAAUUAGUUUAUAUCAAGCCAGAAGAAUUAGGAGAAGGGAAUUUCUCUCGUCUGACAAACAUCAAACCAAGCGUCGGGAAGAUAGGUUUUAGGGCCCGGAGCCCUAAUGAAAAGCAGAAUGUUUCACUUUGGGAUGUCAGUCUGGUAAAGGGACCCUGUAGGUCUGUGCCAGCUUGUUCUUCAGGAAGUGAUGAUAUCCUUCUGAUCUGUGCCUGGAAUGUUGAACAAGAUGGUACCUCUACAGCAGGCAGUGGGAGUAGAGUUGGAGACAGAUACUCUGGUAUCAUCGCUGGAACACUACUCUUCCUUGUUGUCGUUAUUGUCAUCUUCCUUGUCGGCUUCUUCCAUUGGCGGAAAUACGUUAAGCAGGAAAGUCGAAAUAAGAACGAUGACAAUAAAGCCCGGGUGGUAAAUGACUCCCGAAAUCCAGUGACACCGGCACAAAGGAAUCCAGCUGGAGGUCACAGGUCAUACGAAACGAUGCAUCGAAGUGAAGGAGAGGACAACCACGCUUAUGAGGUAGUCGAUGUCGCUGAUGUCAGGUCCCUCAGUUACCUGCAGAACGUCGUCAGGAAGGAACGUGAGCACAACAACAGUAACACCGCAAUAUACGAGGACAGCCUGCCUCAUAAAGACAGACACAAAGUUUCAGUGAUGUUAACGACGGCUACAACUACGCUACCCCCACCGGUGGCUCUGUCUCUGACCACCGAAAGAAGCAUCUUCAGGUGUGCCAAGGGAAGCCAAUGCUUAUUCAUUUGCUCAGAGCUGGGAACCUGGGGAAAAGGGAGAUAGCCGCACUCCACCUGUGCCCAAGUCUGGAGGAGAAGAGUACAACACCUUGAAGUUCGAUGGCCCUCACCCAGGUGCAAACCUAGCGACGAAGGGCGAUGCAUAUUCGGCGUACAGUCAUAUUACACCUGGUGAUGCCAGUUCGUACGACCGAGUGCAACAGACCAACAGCAGCAAAAACAAAGUGCUUGACUCUCAUUAUAGUCAUGUGGUUUGAUAUUUUGCUGAUAUCAUGAAGUACACGAUCUCAGGCAUAAGCCAUGUUAUAUCCAGUUCUCACUGCUCUCCUGGUCUCUCGCUCUGUCUCGUGAGGGGGAUAACCCGUGUAAUCAUCAUCAUCAUCAUCAUCAGCAUCAGCAUCAACAUCAUCGUUCCAUCUAAAAUUUAUAUUCAGUAUUAAGUUUUUCUUUUAGUCAUGAAGGACUUGUCAUUCUUCCAUUUGUAGAUUCCUAUGUUUUUCACACAUUAACAUUUUCCAAGAAUAUUUAAAGUGAUUCAAGAUGAAUAAUAAUAAAAAAUUUUAAGACA